AUGAAACCUUCCUACUGAAAUGAGCGCCAGAAGUCAUUGUUUCUUUCUUUUUCUCUUUCUUUCUUUCUUUCCUUCUUUCUUUUUUUUUUUUCCCCUCCCUUGUGGUCAUUUACAAAUCUGAGUGUAAAACAGAGACAUUAUUCUUGCCUGAACUCUGGACAUUAUUUGGAGAAAACAGAUCACAUGCUGUGAUUAAACCUGUUGUUGCUCAGCCAGUGCGCAUUUCCCAGAGAGAGUGUUACUGUUGCAUGGUAGCUUGCUGAUUUCGCUCGCCAUGGAAGACUUGCAGCAUCAGCUGCUCAUUGUUACAGGGGCUCUGAUCUGUUUCUCUGCUCUGCUUAAAUGCAUCAGAUUUAUGAACUAUAUUUUCCCACAUAUUUGGAGUGCUUUGCCUCAGGCUUUCUUCCAGUCGCUGGGAGAAUGGGCAGUGGUCACAGGAGCUGGAGAUGGGCUUGGAAAAGCAUAUUCCUUUGAGCUGGCAAGACAUGGGUUAAAUAUAGUUAUGAUAAGUAGAACUCUUGAGAAGAUGCAGAGAGUAGCCAAUGAAAUCGAGCAGGCCACAGCUCAAAAGGUGAAGGUUAUACAAGCUGAUUUCACUAAAAAUUCAGUAUACGAGAACAUUGAAAAAGAUCUGGAAGGCUUGGAAAUAGGUGUUUUGGUUAACAAUGUUGGAAUGCUUCAUAAUCCUCUUCCAUGCCGUUUCCUUAAUGCACCAGAUGUAGAUGAGAACCUUGUCAACUGUAACAUUAUUUCUGUUACAAAGAUGACACAACUAAUUUUGAAACAGAUGGAACCAAGACAGAAAGGUCUGAUUCUGAACCUAUCCUCUGGUCUGGGAACUUUCCCUUGUCCCCUGUACACAAUGUACUCAGCAUCUAAGGCCUUUAUAUGCACUUUCUCCAAAGCACUACAAGCAGAGUAUAAAGAAAAGGGAAUUAUCAUACAGGUAGUGGCUCCUUAUGGCGUCUCUACUCCAAUGACAAUGCACCAAAAACCUGGUCUUAUUACAAAGACUGCGGAAGAGUUUGUUAGUGAAUCACUGCAUUACAUCACUUUCGGAGAUGAGAUUUUUGGAUGUUUAGCCCAUGAAUUACUGGCAUGCGUUCUGCAGCUUGUUCCUUUAUGGGUACUCCACAGUGACAGGCUUCAAGAAGCAGCCCUGCAGGCAUUUACCAGUUAUCUUAAGAAGAGGUGGAGGACAUCCUAAAUCUUUUUUUGUUUUUUAUGUAAAUGAUAACAUGCAAUGGGAAACUCCAACUGGAAGCAUUUAACCAUGGCUCCGUGUACGUAGAAAAAAAUCAAAUCAGAUGGAAACACACCUGCAUGCAAAUCACGCAUCAAAAGACAAUUGAAAUUCUUACUGUCAUUCAUUGAAAUUCAUUACUGUCCCUUUCCAGUGACUUCUGUGCUUUGGAUAGGUUCUAUUAAGAGUUUCUGUUACUCUUACUAUUUUAACUUGAGCUUGGAGGCCACAGACAUUUAUGCUUUUUUGAUCUUCACAAAUAAAAUAAUAAUUUGCUUUGUUCCCUAACUUGUUUACAGUUUUUUUAAUGUUUUUACAAUGUGUGUUUUUUUCUACCUAGUUUCUUCUGUAAAGUCAAGGAAGUCUGCAGGAAGGAAAAAAAAAAAAGGAAGCUUUCAGUAUGGGAAGUAAGUGCUGGAACUUUGGAGAUCUGCAGCCAUAAGAUAUCUACUUCUAUACUGAGAUUAUCAAUGACCUCUGCAUUGUCUGAGAAGGGCUGGAAGAGGCAGGAUCAUAGGCAAAAGAUAGACUUACUGUAAAACAAUUCUUUGAAUCAAACUGCGACUGAUUGAAAGCAGAAAAUAUCUAGAAAUGAAAGUGAGAUGUCUGUGUAGGGCAUUCAGCAUUGUUGAUUUGAAUAGCAAGGAAUAGAAAUGGUCUGUUCAUUGCUGCAUAAAAAAUUUGUUUACCAGUGAUUAAAUUAUGUUCUGGUAAGUGUGAUAUUUGUGCAGCUCUUCAACAAAUAAAUAUGGACUAUAUAUGACAAAUACUACAUAUGAGCCAAAAAACGAAUUUCCUGAGAGAAAUGCUGAUUCAAUAAGAGGAUUGAAUAGAGUGCAGAGGUUGUGUUUGCCAUUGGUAGAAGUGCCCAUGCAUCAUAGAUUUCAAACACUGUAUUCUCUGUUACAGCAUGAAAUGCAGCACAUCUUUUCUUGCCUAUCUGUUCCAAAUACAUACUGAUGUUGUGCCUAUGUACAGCUCUUCACAUGUCUAAUUUACAUGCAUGAAUAGUCCCAGCAAGAUGAAUGGGGACAGCAACAUGCCUGAGCUACCUAACUCAAGUUAAAGAAUGUUCUUUCAACCUCCUCACAGAGACAGAAGAUCUGUAUUAUUGCCACUGGAGACAAAUAUCAGUGUAUCUAAUAAACAGGAAUUAUCAUAGUACAGGAAUAGCAUUGGCACAACCAGAGCUUAAUAAAUGCUGGAGACUGUUUCCAAAGCUUAAAAGUCCUGCGAUCUAUAAUUAGGAGCAUUUCCAUAUUUCUUGUUUUUUUUUUUUCAGAUUUUUUUAUGACUGUGAAUGGUGUGUGAUUAUUGCAGACUGUUGCUGAAGCUGAAUGAUUUCUGGUGGAUCUUGUCACUUGCUGCUCUAUUUUGGCCACUCUGUUGGAGAAGACACACUUUGAACUUCUGGCUGGUUAUCUUGUAUAAUGUGAGGCUAGGAUCUCCCUGACUUGCACUCUCCAGGCAGCUUUUUCUCAUGUUGUAUUAGCAUAAGGCUGCUGUGGGAGGUUUCUCCUCUCUGGCCAGCCCACUGACGAAGGGGUGUUCAGCCACUAGUGCCUGAGCCAGAAGAAGAGGAAAUUGUGCCCUCCUCUGCAUCUUGCAUG